AUGACCGAGUCUCUGACAUCAUCGUCCACGGUUUCCAUCUCAUCGUCGGCCACGGUCACAUCAACUGAAACCUGGACGUCCUCUUCGACAGCAUCUUCAUCCUCCACACUAUCCAGUUCAACAGGAACAGUGUCGUCCACCAGCACGUCCGACACGACGGUGACGUCCGCAACACGCACCACAACUUCAACCACAACUUCGGUCACGGCAACGCCAUCGUCUACACAGAGCUCAUCUGCAACCUCCAGCACAAGCGUAACAGUCAGCUCAACGAGCAGAACGCAGACAGGCACCAGUUCUACCAGCGCAACCUCGAGUGGCACCACGACCGGCACUUCGGUUACGUCGACGACACUAUCAACCACCACAUUGAGCGCCACAACGGUCGAUGUCUCGGCUCUGGCGGAUGCUGGGGUCAAUGCCUCUUUGGCCGCUGCGGCUUCGGCUUUGGACGGCCUGGCAGAGGAGAAGAAAGCUGUGGCCAAGAACUUGCUUGCCUCUGCUGCAGAGCUCCUGGCCAACGCGACGGCGCCUGUUGUGGAGCAGGAAGUGGUAACUUCCAGUGGAGCCGUCAUGAAAGUCGCGGUCUUUCAGCCGGCGGGCAACAGUACCGAAGAUGUUGCCGUGUCAGGAGAAGGUGGCGUCGAAGUCAAGGUCCCGACAAAGGUCCUGGAUCAGCUCGCUGGCAAACUGGCCGGGCCCGUGGCGCUGUCUGUAGGAAACGUGCCAAACAAUACGAAAGACAUCUUGGAGUCGGUGAUGAGUCAACAGUCUGAGUCUGCUUCGUCCGCUGCACCGACGUUGACAUCAGAGCCUUUGGCCGUGACUCUGUAUGAUGCCGACGGCAACGAGCUCUCAAACCUGAGCUUCGAGGAGCCCUUGGAGCUUGUCUUGCAAGGCACAGCAGAUCCAAAGGCAGUUUGCGUCUUCUGGGAUGAGCAAGCCGGCGAUUGGUCGAGGGCAGGCGUUCAGCGCGUUUCAUCCGACCCGUCGAAGCUGAUCUGCAGCACCACACAUCUUAGCAUCUUCGCGGCCAUCAUCGAAGCGAUUGAGGACACUUUUUCCUGCAGCCAGGCGGCCGCAAUCUUCUCGUCUGAGGGCUUCCGCGCUCUUUUCUCAGGUGAUUGGUGGAGCCGUUUCCCGGCCAUGUUGAAUUGGAUGUCCUUCGUCCUCGGGGCGGUGAUUCUGUACCUGGCACACCGAGCCGACAGAAUGCAUGCUGACGUUCUCGAUGCUUUGGAGACUGCCGAGGCAGCUGAGGGCGCCACAUCCGAUGAGGAGACACAGGUGGAACCUGCUGCAGUGGAAAGGGUCGAGGAUCCUGUGGCAGAGUAUGCCCCGAAGUCCAGCUCAGCGGCGCCCCGCAAGUUCACUUUGAGAUGGUUCUGGCGGUGGCUGGCUCGAUGGAGCAUCUACCAGGUUCUCUUUGCCCAUGUCGGCACAGAUCACAAGCUUCUGAAGAGAAGUUUCAGCGAGACGGGCUUGACGAAAGCGCACGAGGUGGCAGAGAACACAGCCACUUCAGCUGUCCGCGGUUCUUCAUGGAAGAAGCUCUUGUUGUUCUUCACGGUCUGGAACGAGUGGCUGGCAUUCGCUCUGCCGGAUCUUGGCACAACAUGCAGGCAGCGAAGUGCAGCAGUCUUUGCCAGACUCAUUGGUUGCUGGGCAACAUCGGCGGUGUUUUUCAAUUCCUCUGCGCAGGGCAAUACAGACGUCGAUCCUCGCUGCACACGCGAGGCAUUCCUGGCAGAUCCGCUGAGAUACGGCGUGCGGGCCGCUCUCGUGGGUUUGAUCAGUCUGGUCGUGGGUUCGCUGCCCAUCGCUGCACUGCUAGCCCUUUCAAGAGCCCGCCGGAACGAUCGGUGGAAGAUGCUCAAAGGAAGCGUAUACUGGCUUUUCAUUGUUGGAUAUUCUAUCUUUUGCGACCUGGUGCUCUGCAUCUUUCUAGCGCAUGUGAGCCGAUUGGAUGCUGAGAUCUGGGCGUUUGCUGGACUGACAAGCUUCGUGACCAGCCUGGCCUUGUUUCCCAUUCUCGUGACAUUAGCUGUUGCCCCGGCGCUGCUCUGGCUUUCCUUCAACAAGGAUGUUGCCGAGCAAAUUUAUUCCGACAUCUGCCCGUGGCUGGAGAGCCAGCGGCGAAGAUCGUGGCUGGAGCUUAUGCCUGGAGGCGCAGCGGCCGAAACACCAGCUCCGUCACGAGCCAAGCGCUUCUCGGUGGACUCCGACUCUGCGUUGUAG